AUGUUUGUGUAUCACAGGCAAUAUCGUGGACGUCAUUUUGGUGCAAAUUAUUGGCUUCCUCAUCAUCUAUCUAAAGUAUCUAUACCAGUUCAUGAUCGAGCACUUCGGAUUCAAUGGCUGGAUGGUAUCCCCAAAUGUCAUUGCUGGGUACCCCAUCCUGGCACCAACCCUCAAGUAUUUUUGCAGCUUUAUAGCGUAGCCGAGAAGCGUAUUGAGGUUGAAGUUGAUCAAGCAACAGGUGCACUUUUGGGAGGCAUAGCUAUUGAACACAGCCGUAAUCUGUGUAACACAAAUAAAGAUGGCGUUGUUCCUCUCAGAGAUAUACAAGACUCAUCAUCAUACGAAUUGGUUGGUUUCAGAUUUAGUACUUCCAGACAAACCUUAACAUGGAUUCCAGAUACUUUCUUUACCUCACUGUUAAGUGGCAGGAUUGGCACACUAGUGGAUGACAGGGGACCCAUUUUCAUUGACAGAGAUCCCACUGUGUUCACCCAUGUUUUGAAUUAUCUUCAUACAAAAGAAAUCCAUUUGACUGAAGGAAUUGGAAUGAGAGGACUUGUGCAUGAAGCUAAGUUCUAUGGAAUCACUCCACUCACUCAACAAUUGAAAUUAGUUCAAGAACUGGAGCAUUCUUCUUGUGGCGAUGUACUUUACUAUGAAUGCCUGAAUCCACCAAGUGUCCCAUUUCCAGUUAUAAGAACUAAUGAAGAUGGAGAAGCUAAUUUUGCAGGUGAUGGAUUGAAACAACAACAACAGAAUUGUAAUACACCAAGACAAUCUACCUUAGAUCUCAGCAGAACAUUGGUGCCCCCAAGGGUCAGCAGUAGUUCAAGAAAUGGCAAUGUUGUGAUGAACAGGACGCAUUCCCGUUCGUCAUCCCUUGAUUUACGAUUGAACUCUUUACGGAGACAAGAGGGUGGAAUAGGAGCCGGUUCCCACAAUCAUUUGGCAGCGUGGUUCGGAGGUUUGCAUGUUCGCUCUUCCAUCGAUCCUCUACGAGUAAAUCUCAUCAAAGCUCAUCACAAUUGGAUCUUGAUUGCCUACGCUCAUAUGAUCACUUGCCACAAAUGUAAAGGUGCUGGAGGUUGGCAUCUUGUUUUUACCAGCCCUUGGAUGGAUAAUCAAAUUGACCGGGUGGCCUUAAAUGCGCGGAUGACAAGCAGUGGGGGUCAAAAUCAGGCACCCAAUUCCUCGUCCAAUUCCUUCGAAACUGAAAUGGUCGCUUUGGCUUCAGGGACCACCAUCCGACUAUUGGCGAUCGCCGAUGAUGGACAGCGGAAUGAUGUAGGAACCUUCAACAUACACGUCUUGGUAGAAUCUCUAUUUUGCAUUGAUAGCCAAGUAGUGGCUCUUUCUCGCCCACCCGUCGGCAAAAUUGGAGUUUGGCAUUCCAUGACUCGGCAUUGGCAAAUCCAGGACGUCACCCCAGUUUCAUCGUACGAUACAGCUGGGUCUUUACUUCUUCUAGGAUGCUGCAACGGGUCUAUAUGUUUCAUAGAUAUGCAAAAAUUUCCACUGAGAAUGAAGGAUAAUGAUCUUGUAACUGAGUUGUAUCGCAACCCAAUGCCAGAGGCCAUCACUUCCAUCUCGGUUUAUCUGACUCCUAAAACGAAUCACAUAGGCAUGUUCGGCAGUUGGAUUCAAAUCGCCUACGAAACUAGUUCAGGAGCUAUGAGAAUGAUAGUACAGUAUCCCGAAACAGUGGGUCAUGGACCUCAACUCUUUCAGACUUUCAUCAUGCACCGUUCGCCUAUCAAUAAAGUCAGGCUUUCUGAGAAAUACUUAGUCUCCGUUUGUAGCGAGUAUAACCACGUCCGGACAUGGAGCGUCACUCGAUUCAGAGGAAUGAUUUCCACUCAACCCGGAUCCACCCUGGAGCAGCACAACAUGCUACUCUUGUACGGUAGCUCUUUCAACAAAGGGGAAUUCCAAGGGAUUUAUCCUUCCUUGGGUAUGGAACCUGGUCCUAUCAAUUAUCCCCUCCUGUUUCAAGUGGUCUCAAGUCAGCAGCCUGACUAUCUUGGCAAUCCAACUGAGCUGCUUUACAUGAUCCCGGAGAACUGGAUGGACAAUCGUUGCCCAUUCUUCUUGUACCCGCCACCUGAUUUCACCGUUCUGGAACUGCCACCAUGGAGUUGGGGUCUGAUCAAUUACAAACGACGGUGCUAUCCAGAACAACAAUUUGUGGAAUACGAUAUUAUGGACAUCAUCACUGAAAACGAUCCCGUGUCUUUUGAGGAAGCCCAGCAACAGCUCAAUGAAAUAAAUUUAAGUCUAGCUUCAUCAGGAACAUUAGGGGUGUUGCCUAGUUCGGAAUCUCAAAUCAAUUUUGAAACUCAAGAUCUGUUUCGUGUGGACCCUUAUCAGGCCAAUUCAUAUCAUAGCAUCCUGGAUAUAUCACAGUCACGUUCCUCAGCCUCAUUUGUGACUAGUUCUUCCAACAUCUCUAAAAAGUCAAGCUCGAGAAAACAAACAUCUGGUAGCACUCGAUUUCCGACGGUUGCAAAGAGACCCAUUACGUCAACAGCCGCAACUCGGAGUAACAAACGAAAUCCAAGCAGCUCAUCACCAUCACAGGGUUUCAAUAAUGAAACCAUGGUGUCUAUUACAGCAAUUACCAGGACCCCCACUGAAGGAAGAAGCUCACCAGCCCAAGAGCAGCCUGAUUCCAGUAGCAGAUCUAACACACAUCACAGUCCACCUUUACAAGGGGCAAGGGUCAGUAAAGAGAAAGCAACGACCGUUUUGUCUGUUAGAACCGAGUCUCCCGUUGCCAACCAAAUCCCACUGGCCGUAGCAGUAGAAAAAGAUGUUUGCACUGACAAAGUUGAAUGGAGAAAAGAAAUGUUGUGA